AUUAUUAUGAACUUAUAACCAUAAGUACCUUAUGUGCACUCAUAAUUGUAAACCAUUAUAUUUGAUAGUUUAGCGGUUGAUAAUGUAGAGAAAAAGUUGUAUAAGGAACCUGUAAUAAAUUAUUUUAAAUUAGGUUAUAACUAAACAUUGUAACCAUCCAAGAUCAUGUUUUGAAAAGUAAGAAGCCAUUGAAGAGAUCAUGUUAAAAAAAUUUUAUUAAUGCCCAGCAUAAGCAUGUCAAAAAAUUGCUAAAAACGUAGGUGAUUUAAUUUAAGAUUGGAGAUCUUAAGCAUAUCAGGAAUUCAAUUAAUACAUUAGUGAAGUUACAGUGAUUAGGGGAAUUAUGGUUAACAAAUACGUCAGAAAUAAAACAAGAUAUCAGAACUUUUUUAUGGAAGAAGUUUAUGGAAAAUAAUUUUUAAAUAUGUUUGAAAGAAUUAGUUAGGAAAACUCUAUUAAUUUUUUAAUGAAAAAUAACUUAAGCAGUGGUUAAGAUUAGAAUAGAAAAAUUUAAUUUUGGAGUUUCUGUUUGUAAGAUAGAGUAAAAAUUACUAUUCCUGUUAGAAUAAUUGGAUGUAAGCAUUACGAAUGCUAUGAAUUAACAAGUUUAUUAUUUUAUUAGUAGUAAAACUAUUAAAAAAAGCAAUUCUUAGAAUGCACUCAACCUGGAUGUUCAAAUAGACUAAAAAUUGUCUCUAAAGAUUUUACAUCAACAGGCGAAACACAAAAUUAAAAUAAUGUAAAUUAAACUCAAAAUAAUGCUGCUUAAGUCGAAGGAUAAUCAAUCUCUGCGGAGGAUAUUCAAACAUUAUUUUCUGGUAUUUGUGUUGAUUUUGAUUUAUUAAAUGCAAUAAAAAGAAGUCAUCCAAGUUCAUACAAAUUUUAUUAUAAUCAGACCACUGGAUAAAUUGAAGAGGAUGUACAAAAAAAUGAGAAUGGCAAAAUUAUUGAUCCAUUAAUAGCGAAAUAUUAUUAAAGUAAUAAAGAAUUAUAAUAAAAAUAAUAAUUCGAUGAUUUUUAAAAUUCAAUAUUAUAGUCUGCAAUAUCGGUAAGUUAGGGAGAUCUGUUGAUAGAUGAUAAAUAAUUAGGCACAAGAAUAGCCUUAUAUAAAUAUAGAAAUUAUAAAGUAAAAAUGGUAGAUCUUUUAACAAAUAUGAUAAUUGAAUACCCUGUAAGAUGUAAAUUCUGCACUGAUUUAAGUGUUUGUAUGGAUAUGAGAAGUUAUAUUGCAGAUUUUACUUAUUAAAAAAAGAUAUUCCCAAAUAAAAAUUAUACUUGUCCUCUAUGUAAAACACAAUAAAAGUCAACAUUGAUUAAAACAACAAUUUAAUCCAACAUAUAUCUUGAUUCAAACAUGCUUUCAUAUAUGUUUAAAGAUAUGUCCUAUACCUAAGGAACUUAAGUAUUUGAAUAUAAAGGUUAGUAAUAUAUGCUUUAAGAAUUUAUGGAUAGAUAAAAAAUCAGAAGAGAAGACUAUAUAGNGUGUCAAUCAUCCAAAAUUCUGUUUUGAAAAGAAAGAAGCCAUUUAAUAGAUCAUGUUAACUAAAGUUUAUAAAUGCCCAUAAUGUCAAAAAAUUGCUAAAAAUGAAAAUGAUUUAAUUUAAGAUUGGAGAUCUUAAGCAUAUCAAGAAUUCAAUUAAUACAUUACUGAAGUCACAGUGAUUAGAGGAAUUAUGAUUAACAAAUAUGUCAGAAAUAAAGCAAGAUAUCAGAACUUUUUUAUGUAAGAAGUUUAUUAGAAUGAAUUUAAAAGUAUGUUUGAUAGGAUUAGUUAGGAAAACUCUAUUAAUUUUUUAAUGAAAAACAACUUAAGCAGUGGUUAAGAUUAGAAUAGAAAAAUUUAAUUUUGGAGUUUCUGUUUGUAAGAUAGAGUAAAAAUUACUAUUCCUGUUAGAAUAAUUGGAUGUAAGCAUUACGAAUGCUAUGAAUUAACAAGUUUAUUAUUUUAUUAGUAGUAAAACUAUUAAAAAAAGCAAUUCUUAGAAUGCACUCAACCUGGAUGUUCAAAUAGAUUAAAAAUUGCUCAUAUAGAUUACACUACAAUAGACGAAACACAAAAUUUAAAUAAUGGAAAUUAAGCACAAAAUAAUGAGCCUUAAAAAUUAAUCUCUAAGGAGGAUGUUCAAACAUUAUUUUCUGGUAUUUGUGUUGAUUUUGAUUUAUUAAAUGCAAUAAAAAGAAGUCAUCCAAGUUCAUACAAAUUUUAUUAUAAUCAGACCACUGGAUAAAUUGAAGAGGAUGUACAAAAAAAUGAGAAUGGCAAAAUUAUUGAUCCAUUAAUAGCGAAAUAUUAUUAAAGUAAUAAAGAAUUAUAAUAAAAAUAAUAAUUCGAUGAUUUUUAAAAUUCAAUAUUAUAGUCUGCAAUAUCGGUAAGUUAGGGAGAUCUGUUGAUAGAUGAUAAAUAAUUAGGCACAAGAAUAGCCUUAUAUAAAUAUAGAAAUUAUAAAGUAAAAAUGGUAGAUCUUUUAACAAAUAUGAUAAUUGAAUACCCUGUAAGAUGUAAAUUCUGCACUGAUUUAAGUGUUUGUAUGGAUAUGAGAAGUUAUAUUGCAGAUUUUACUUAUUAAAAAAAGAUAUUCCCAAAUAAAAAUUAUACUUGUCCUCUAUGUAAAACACAAUAAAAGUCAACAUUGAUUAAAACAACAAUUUAAUCCAACAUAUAUCUUGAUUCAAACAUGCUUUCAUAUAUGUUUAAAGAUAUGUCCUAUACCUAAGGAACUUAAGUAUUUGAAUAUAAAGGUUAGUAAUAUAUGCUUUAAGAAUUUAUGGAUAGAUAAAAAAUCAGAAGAGAAGACUAUAUAGUAAACUUAAAAGAGGCUGUUGAAUUUAAAUAACUUUUUUGUAUCCUAAAUCCAAAAUUAAGAAUUAAAGAACCUUUAGUCCUUUCAAAAUGUUCUUAAAAAAAUAUAGUUGAUUUUUAAUCAUUUUAUGAUGAAUUAAAGAAAAUUGAUUUUGAUAUUGAAAAUAUAGGAUUAACUUUAUGUAAAUGUC